AAUAUCGAGAUCUGGUUGUGAAAAAACGUUAACUAUUUUUAGAAUAGGUAUUUUAUAAAGACGGCGUGCUUACACGAAAUUAUCUCAGUGCGAGACGGUCUACACAGUGAAUUUUCGUAACUUACGGCAACAUGUGUAAUGAGUGUUUGUUAAGUGGGGACUUUUCGCUAUAUUAUUUAUGACAUACCUACAAGUCGAGUGAUUGAGUGAAGUUUGAAAUUGCCGUUUGUAUUUGCAGAGAAAGCAGUCGAUUCCAUCGUCUAGUGUUCCUUUUGUAAAUAUGUUUUAUGACAUAACAGUGUAGCUUUCUAUUGUUUUGAAAUGUCGAAUUAACUUAUAAAAUAAUAAUGUGGAUUCAUAAUGGCGUUUCUUUUAGAUCAUCAUUUUAAAUACUUUUAAAUAAAUAAUUUUACUAUCAAAAAAGUACAAUUAAUUUAGUUAAAUUUACAUUGCCAAGGUCCUCCAUGCAUAUUGGACAGAUGUCGGUAAAAGAUCGAGCGAUGCGCACAUAAAGCUUGUUGCGACGCUAACUGUAAAUAAAUAAUGACCUAAUUGUACCUUACGUCUUCGCUAUUUCGGUUCCUGAAUGAUCGCUAUUAGCUGAUCUGAUUUUGAAUGUCAAGCAGUGUCCCACAACACCUUGCGACGAUAGUGUAGUAUUUCAUCAAUAUUCAGAGGAGAAACUUGUUGAGAGUGUAGUGCCUACUUUCGAAGAUUUCUAAGGGCACUCCCUUUCUCUAUAACCGCAAAUAUCUAAUUACAAAGCUUUUACAUUACAUUAAUCAAAAGAAAAUGUGAUAAUACCGUUAUUCUAUAAUUAAAUAUUACUCCGCAUAUGAUUUGGAAAGGUCACUAUGUAUUGUGCCAAGAUGCCUCAUUACGAUGAGAGUUUUAUCCACGACGAUAAUCAGAAUCAGAGAAGAAAUAAACGGAGCUACCAUGUUUACAAGACAGGAUUACACCCUUUGGGUUUUCCUUUGGAAUCUAAUGAUGUAAUACAUGCUAUAGAAGAGAGAGGAACUUCUGUUAUAAAACGGAAUAUUAUGAAUAUAAAGCAUCGCAGUAACAGAUAUAAACCAGAGUCAUCCGCGUCACAAGCUGUAAUUGUAACGAAAUGUAAAAAGCCCGACAUAUUAGUGAGCCACUAUCCGCGCAUCAGUACCUUCGAUCCGCGGAAAUAUGAUAUACGUAACAAUAAUAUUCCGCAACUAACGCCCUGUAAGAGUUUUGAUAAUUUGACAUUGAAAAAGGGUAAAAAGGAUUCGAUAAAAGAAAAGAUAAGAAAUGGAACAAGUCUCCAAAAUUUGUUGCACGAUGAAAGUAUCAAACAUUUCGUUUCACCAGUCGAAGAUUGUAAAACUGCUCGUAAGGGAGAUGUGAGAAAUUCCUAUUCUGUAGUGGAAGCUCGCCGGAGGCCUGUACAACGCCGCUUUUCGCGGACCACUGCGGUUCCGGGUGUCGGUGUUUAUCGAAAAAUAUGUGGAGACGCGGUCGCUUACAAUCAUUUGAACGAUAACGAGGUUUGCGGUGAAGCGGGUUCGGGGCACCGCGGAUCACUGCGCGGCGCCAAUAAACUAGCGCGGCGCGCGCGCUCCUUCAAGGACGACCUACUCGAGCGCAUCUCGAACAUGCGUUCGCCUGCGCAGCCUCCCCAUCCGCCGCAUCUCGCCUCCAAUAUCAGAUCGCACUCCCCACUUAGUCCGAAACCUCGGAACAUGGGAGCCAAAUCCGUCACGGCGGAGGAGGGUGAAAUCACACCUGCCAAAGAACUCGAACGGCUAGUCAAAGAGGUCACAUUCGGCUUAAAACAUUUCUCCGAUGUCAUCACAAAGAGGAAACUGGAAAUGUUGCCGGACAACGGCACUAUUGUUUUCGAAUCGAUCGCAAAUAUACACAAAGCAAUCAAACCGUACUGCAGCCGGUCACCGCAGCUCAUGAGCGCCGUCAAGCGGCUGUGCACGGCGCUAGCGAUGCUGAUACGGCUCUGCGACGAGGUGACCGUCGUCAGCUUGCGAGCCGACGCCGACGACACGGAGAUGGAGACGUCGACGGCGGCGCUGUCGCCCGAGCACGUGAGCUCGGUGGUGAAGGGCGUGACGGCGGCCGUGGAGGAGGUGGCGGGGCUGGCGCAGCAGCACAUGACGCGGCCCGCGCUGUCGCCGCGCCCCGCGCUCGUGUCGCCGCGCGCCUCCACGCAGAGGAACUCGCUGCCCGACAUCCCCCUUACGCCCAAAGAGUUGUCCCUCCUAACGGGCGAACCCGGUACGGAGACGAGCGGCGUACGCGCCUCGCACUCGUCGGAGUCCAUACUCGACGCGCCGGACUCGCCGCCGCCGAAGCCCGCCAGGCCCAACCGGAAAAUCGAGUUGGCCCCUCCUUUGCCUCCAAAGCGCAAGUCAGCAAACGACAACUCCCUACUAGGACUGUCCAUAGACAGACUAUCACUCCAGUCCCACAGCAGUGGCUCUCUAGAUUCAAUGCUCAAUGUGUCUAACGACGAAGACAGAAACACACAUGAUUCUAUGAACCAUGAAGUAUUUGUCACUCCGCCUAACUCUGAUUUAGUUGGCAUGUGCAGUUGCAAUAAUAUGAAUGAAAUGCGAACUUCAGUGGAGUCACACGAGUCUCAUAUGAACAAUGUCCACGGCCACUCCAACCACAAUCGUUUCUCCAACGAAUCCGGUUUCGUGUCGGUCGGUCACUCGGAGAUAUCAACAGAACAGAGUUUUACAUCGACAUUCUCCUCGCAUCACUACUCUAGUCAUACGGACAGUACUUUUGAAAGUACAGAGUAUGUGAGCGAAAUGAAGUGCACUCUGCAGAGCGUUGAGGGCCGCAUGUUCAGUGUGAACUCGGUGGCCGCGCACAACUCCUCAAAACUGGCGAGCAUCACGUCGGACGACAGCGAGACGCCGCCCGAGCUGCCCGUCAAGACGCGCCGCGCCGUGCGCGCCGACAUGCAGCAGUACUUCCCCAACGUCGAGAUCAGAAAGACGCCGCCAUUCUCGCUGCACGAGGCGCGGCCGCACACUCUCGCAGAGCACAACCACCAGCGACCGCCGCCGCUCCCGCUUAAGAAGAAACACAUGUUUCAAAGCGUCGCGUACAGCGUAAUGGCUUACAUGGAAAUGUUUGGAAACUGCAGUCACACGCUCAACGCUCAUCCUCCGAUCAAUCCCGAGGCUCCGCCGGACAUGUUUCGGCAUUCAAUACACACAUAUAAUUUAACCAGUGCACAACAUUCUAGUACUGGAACAAUAAGCGUGGGUCACCACCAGAUGCAAAGGACUAUGGCUUCGUCGUUAACGGUUCAACAUUUGAGUACACCACCAUUGAGUGGUUCUGAAGAUUCCGUCAGUAUGAAGACAUCGAGCAGAACUAGUCCAGUACCUCCUGAGCCCCCAGCUCUACCACCAAAGAUGAAUAAGACUAAACAGAUAUCAAUGAAUUCGAGCAAUGAACUGCUACCCCCACCUUCGCCGCGGCCGUCUUCAAACAACAGUUCAGCUGAUGAAUCCAUGCUCAAUAACGUGAGUACAGACGACCUGUAUGUGAGCUCGUCAUCCCCGGGCAAGUUUCCUGUCGACGAGGAGGAAUUAGAUAGACUUGUGCCUCUGCCUUCUCCCGUGCCCUCACAGAGAAGUGAAAGCAGCACAGAACCUGUACAACAAGUAUCCGAAACAAAUGACACAAUCACAUCCGACUCCGAAGAUAUAAUUCUGCAGACGGACGUUAGUGGUUGGCUCCUCCUGAAAGGCACCACCAAGGAGGGUUCCGAAGUGCGCGAGGUUCGCGGCGGCCAUCCAGAUGCCUUAAUAGUACUCGCCACUAAAGCUACCAAAGAAACGGACGAGUAUUUCGCGUACCAGGAAGCGUUUCUGGCGACGUACAGGACGUGGGUGCCGCCGGGCGACUUGGUGCGCAAGCUGGUGCGGCGCGCGCACCACUACCGCCCGCGGCCGCACGAGCUGCGCUCCACGCUCAGUCUGCUCACCCGGGUCGUGGCCGACCUCACAAUGGGUGACCUAGAUCGAACUUUAAUGCAAGAAAUUAUGGAAUUCAUAUAUUGGCUCGUUGAAACGGAGGAGCUCCCUAUAUCGAAAGCUCUAAGACAAAUACUAGUUGAUAAACAGAAACAGUUACAUUUCCAAAAUACAAAUAACAAAUACGAAUACGACAUGCCCUGUUAUGGUACCGUAUCCCUUCGGCGGGAUACGUUACUAGACUUCAAAGCCAGUGAGUUAGCUGAGCAGAUGACGUUACUAGACUCAGCUUUAUUCGUGCGUAUAACGACCGCGGAGGUGCUCUCAUGGCCCCGCGACCAGUCUGAGGAGAGCUCGCCCAAUUUGACGAGGUUCACUGAGCACUUCAACAAGAUGAGUUACUGGGCUCGCUCGAGGAUAUUAGAACAGUACGAGGCGCGCGAGCGGGAGAAGUACGCGAGCAAAGUGCUGAAGGUGAUGAAGGCCCUCCGCAAGCUGAACAACUUCAACUCGUACCUGGCGCUGGUGUCGGCGCUGGACUGCCCGCCCGUGCGGCGCCUGGGCUGGCCGCGCGCCGUGGCCGACGCGCUGCGCGACCACUGCGCGCUCAUCGACUCCUCGCACUCCUUCCGCGCCUACCGCAACGCGCUCGCCGACACGCAGCCGCCCUGCAUACCCUACAUUGGCUUAUUCCUUCAAGACCUUACGUUCGUACACGUGGGUAACCCGGACCUGCUCCCCGACGGCAGCAUAAACUUCACGAAACGAUGGCAGCAGUAUAAUAUAAUGGAAAACAUGAAACGUUUCCACAAAGAACAGUACAAGUUCAAGAAGAACGAGCGCAUUCAGGCCAUGUUCAACGAGUUCGACGACGUGCUCAGCGAGGAGACCAUGUGGCAGAUCUCGGAGACCAUAAAGCCGCGCGGCGGGCGCUCGCGCAACGCGUCCGCGCCGUCGCCGCCCGCGCCGCCCGCGCCGCCCGUCGCCGCCACGGCCGCCACGUAAAACGAACCAAAUCCAAAGAAUAAAUAUGGAGAAGAAAGAGAAGAAACGACUCGACAUAAAUGUGAGAUUUUAUCUAUGAGGAAUUGUUUAAAUUAGAUAAAAUAUUGUGAUUAUCUGUCCUAAAAUGGCCUAAUUAUUUUUAGUGUAUUUAUUGGUAAAUGCGAUUAAAACUGUGAUUGGUCCGAUUGUGUAUAGAACGCUUAAAACAUGUUAGCUUACUAGCACUUGGUUUGAGACUUAUACUAUAAUAUUUAAAAUCUAUAUUAUCACAACAUAAUUUGUAUCAUAAAAAGUCAAAACGAUGAGCGCUAAUAUUAAUUAACGUAAUCCGGAACCAAAUCAAUCAUUGUCAUCAUAUGAUCCAGUCAAAGUGAACAUAAAGUUCCAAAAUUCGAAUCAUUUUAUUGGAAGAUAUCUUUGAAUAAAAUCCCUAUCAGUAUUCCUACCGUUAAUGGCAUACAUAUCAGCAUGUGACUUGCAUAGUUUCUUACAAUGAAAUACGACGCAUAUAAUAGUAUUACUGAUAUUCUUCUAGUUGUUGUGAUUUGCCGUUGAUGUCAUAAUAUUACAAACAUAAUUAUAAACAGACUUCGAAAGCUAAAUUUCAAUACAUCGAAUUAGAGGAAUUCUUUGAAAUUUGUAAGUAGUGGACGAGUUGCUAUAUGAUUAGUGAUAGUGUUAAGCGUAGCGCAUGGUGAAACUAAUUUCAUUAAAUUUGUAUUUAAAAAUAAAUAAUCUAUAGUGUUUACUGAAAGUGCAUUUUAUAUGAACAUUAUAGAUCUUUCGCUGUUAUGGUAGUAUUGUGUAUUUGUAUCUAAUUUUCAAAAAUUUCGACUUAUGUGAUAUUUGAAUUGCGAAACAAUUUGUAAUGUCAGUUAAAUUAUACAUAAUGUGCACGUUACCUGCCUUAGCGAAUAAGAAAUGGGACAAAUCCUCUAAAAUCCAGAAAGAAAUUUAACCGUUUACAAUGGUAUUAAAGGUAAGACGGAUUUUCUUAACCUUUGUCAUUCUCAAUCGAACAAUAUAAAUAGCAAUAAUAAAAUUAAAAUUACAGUUAAAUAUAUUACAGAAAUGUAUGCCUUUGUAGAUUAAGAUUAUAAUGACAUUUUACUGUUAACUUAUAUGAACUGUUUGUAAUGACAAGGAACAAGGAAGUUGUUGAGGUUGGAAAAUGUUUGAAAUUGUAUACAUCUAGUCAAAUGGGGCUUCCAUAGCUAAUAAUGGUACUGAACACGACCCCGUGCUAUUUUUCAUGAAAUAAUCAACAAUACAUAUCAGAAAUAUUGUGUGCCAAAUGUUGAUAUUGAGAAAUGUCCCAUUUCAAAUAUAAGUAUAUAUUUUCGAAACGUUUGCAGUUGCUUAUUUUCAUAGUAGUGACUGACCGGAGUUAUUAAAUGCAUAUUUAUUUAAUAAUGUUUCGUCUUUCGCUUACGUUCAUCUGGUCAGCCGUGAGAGAUGUAUAAAAAGUCUACUGCAACAUACUUAGGUCAGUUAAGGUUGGUUCUCGCUAUUCUAUUUUAUAAAUAAAUUUACAUACUGUGUAAUUUUAAUAUUCGUACUACAUUUAGUGCGUCUUCGCAAAUUGUUUAGAUAGCUUAAUAAAAAAAAAAUUAUAACUGAGAUAAUUCACGCACUAAUACAACGUGUCAACUGAUAUAGUUUCACAUUUAGUUUGUAUAACGCGACAUUCUGAAGAGUUGGAUGUGUUUAAAGUACUGAGACGGUGAGAUUCGUGUCCGAUAUUCGUGUCUCAGUCCAUGUUGUGGUUUUUGCAAAGCUCGAGACGGCAACACAGCUUAUAUACUGCAGAUUUCAUUUAUACUAAGUAUAUUAUGCGACGCAAUAUUUUACGCGUGUUCUAAUAAUAAAAUUUGAUACAUAUUAUUAUUUUUGAUAAUCAGAAAUUAUAUUUUUCCUAUAAAUUGUCGCCUCCAAGGUGACAAAAUGUUUACGAGAAAUCAUACUUUUGAGAUCUAAACUUGUUUAUAACGGAAGUGUUUGUGUCAUUUUACUAUUUAUUAAAAGCUUAGGACGCAGCCAAGGAUCUAUUGUAGCGAUAGACUAAUUAGGAUUCGAUUGUUUCUAUUUAUAAUAGAAAAUUUCUAUGGGAGUAUAACAUAGAUACAAUAAACGAUUUUAAAUGGUAAUUAGAGAUAAUACAAAAUAAUCGUACACGGUUUUAUUAAUUUGCCUUAAGACGAUCGAGUCUUGAAAUAGCAAUAAUUUUUUUUAUCGUAGAAUCGCUGCACAUUUGUGAUAAUAAUCACUCAUUCGAGUGCCGCUUACUACUCGGUUGACGUCCUCUAUACGUAGACAAAUUAUAUUAGAGAAAUAUUAGCCUUAAGCAUACAUAAACCCCAUUUAUCUGCCGAAUCAUUGCGGAUACGAUUACAUCUUUAGUCGCUAUUAUAAUAAAUAGUAAGACAACAUUAUUUCAUUUUCGAUGAACUAUUGCAUACAAGAUACAAGACUAUGAAUAGCUCGUCGGAGACAAAUAACUUUGUGUUUGUGUUGUGUUAUUGUGACAGACCUGUAUGAAUAUUCCAUCGUCGACCUUUGAAAUAGUGUGAUUAGAUAAAUUAAUUUAUUCAAUAAAUAAAUUAUUGAAAUUUUAUAAAGAUCC